GGGAGCCGCGGCUCUGCCGGCGGGGGCGGCUGUAGCCCGAGCUCGGCAGCACGCUGCCUGGGCAGCCCGGCCGCUGGCAGCGCUCCCAGCUCGGCUGCUGGCAAGGAGAGUCAGGUCGCCUCGGCCCCCGGCAUCGCCCCUGGCACACGGCCCCAGCAGCAAAGCCUGUAGCGGCGGCCGCAAGCUGCAGGGGGAGGUGAGGGGUGUUGUGUCGGCUGCCACUGGGCUAAAGCCGCUGUCGCCGCAGGCAUCUGGAAGGUUCCGUAUCGUCCGUCCCGUUCCCCCACCCCUCACUUCCCCGACCCUCUCCUGCUGUCCUCCCGCCCUAUAAAUGCGGGCGGCAGCACUCGAUGUGCGGCGGAGUGGAGGCGCCGAGGGUACGGCUGGUACGAGGUCAUGCUGGGAGCGUUGUUGCUGUUCUGGGGGGGGCUGACCCUGGGCUGCCGGGGUGAAAAGGCUUUUCUCCGGCGUGCCGAUGAUAGCACCGGCCGUUGCACCUACUCCUUCUCGGUAGCCAGCCCCGUCGAGGCCGCCUGCCCCGAUGCCGGCGGCGUACCGGAGCUGCGGGCAGAGCUGGCUUCCCUUGCUGCCCGUCUGAGCCGGCUGGAGAGUCGGGAGCGGGGCAUAGGGGGCUCGGGGCCGCGGGGAAAUGAGGCGGGGGACACUUGGGAUCCCCAGCAAACGGCUUCAGCCGCUCGCCUGGAGGCUGCCUACAGCGAGCUGCUGCGGGUCAAAUCCCGGCUGGAGGAAGAGAAGGUUCGGCUGGAGAAGGAAAAAGAGGAGCUGGGCAGGCGGCUGGAGAGCAGCGCGCAGGAGAUCACACGGCUGAGGGCCAACCGCUGUCUCCCCGGCGGGGAGGGGUCCGGCCGCGACCCUCCGCGUGCCCCUGGCAAAGCCUCCCGAUGGGACCCGCAGCCCCUCGCCUACCAAGAGCUGCAGUCGGAGAGGACCGAGGUGCCCGUGUCCCGGCUGCUGGAGGAGACCGCGCUUGGCCGCCCGGGAGGUGAGGACUCAGGCUGCGGCGAGCUGGUGUGGGUGGGGGAGCCCAUUGUCUUCGGCCGGGCAGAGUCCAUCGCCGGCAAGUAUGGCGUGUGGAUGAAGGAUCCCGAGCCCGUGGCCCCCUUCACACGGGAGACCACCUGGCGUGUGGACGCGGUGGGCACCGAGGUCCGCCAGCUCUUCCAAUACGACGCGGCUGAGCAGCUGGCCCGCGGCUACCCCGCCAAGGUGCACAUCUUGCCUCGACCUCUGGAGAGCACGGGGGCUGUCAUCUACCGCGGGGGGUUCUUCUUCCAGCCCCGCCGCUCCCGAGCCGUGGCCCGCUACGACCUGCGGGGAGAGGCUGUCACGGCUGAGAGGGAGAUCUCUGGCGCUGGCUACCACGGGCAGUACCCCUAUGCUUGGGGGGGCUACACUGACAUUGAUCUGGCCGUGGACGAGACAGGGCUCUGGGUGAUCUACAGCACUGAGAAAGCCCGAGGAGCCAUUGUCCUCUCCAAGUUGAACCCUGAGACGCUGGAGAUCCAGCGGACUUGGGAGACCAACAUUCGCAAGCGUGGGGUGGCAAACUCCUUUGUCAUCUGUGGCACUCUCUACACUGUCAGCAGCUACUCAGCACCCAAUGCCACCAUCAACUUCGCUUACGACACAGCCACUGGUGCCAGCCGACCCCUCAGCAUCCCCUUUGAGAACCGCUUCCGCUACCUCAGCAUGGUGGACUACAACCCCACCGAGCGGCAGCUCUUCGCCUGGGACAGCUUUAACAUGGUCGCCUACCCUGUUCGCCUCUCCCAUGCAUGAGCUGGGGCUGCGGACACGCCGACUCAGCCCCUGCGACCCCCAUGUGUGCCAUGACAUCUCGCUUUGCGCCUCAGCUCCCCACAGCUUGGCCGGGAGUGCCCAGCUGCACCAUGAUUGGGCCACUAACAUCCCCACUGGCACUUCCAUCAACAUCCUAUCAUGCUUGAGUGCAGCAGAGAGAAACUAAGUGCUUCUCCAGAGCUUGGUCAAGCCAGUGAAACGGCUCUCCAUGGUCUCAGCAGAUUUUGGAUGUGCCAUGGUGGUACCCAGCCCUAAGCUGUGCUAGCAUACUCUGGGAGCACCCAGCCUAGCCACCCUGAAGCCAGAGUAGUGGGGGGGGUCAAGGUGUAGUGAAGGAUGGGCAGGGCAGGCAGUGGAAGCAAGGGAGAGGCUGUUUGGGAGAAUCCCACCUGAAAACAAAUGUUUUCCUUUGUGUGCAAGCAGUGAUCCCUGCUGCGAGGCCAUGGUUUGUGUUUUCAAGCCCCAGCUAAGCAGGAGCAUCACAGCUGCCCCCCCAGCUCCUCCCUCAGCACCAGCAGGAUUAAGGGAGACCUCAGUGCAGGCUGGCCGUAUAGAGGCGAGCAGCACUCAGCGCUCACCUUGCUGAGAGCAGCGCUGCAGCGUCAAGCUCCCCUGCUAAGAGCUUUCGAGCUCCACUGCAUCCCACAUUACUGGUGCCCAGUGGCAGCCCGAAGCUGAGCCACCUCCAUCGCCCAUCAGGACCAAAAGCAGCAGGGAGCACGGACACUCAGUGCACAAGCCUGAUUUUACUGGGGGAAAAAAGGAAGCUAAGAGAGAAGUGGUGAAGAGUGCUGGCAGGGCAUUCCGCAGCUGAGCAGCCCCUGGGGUGCGCCCAGCCCCUCUCGGCCAUGCGCUUUGGCUUUACGGGCCAUGCCCGGCCACCGACACGAUGCACAGCUGCCAGCGCCAGAUCAGAACACACUUAACUACUGUAGAACACUUAGAGGAGGCUUUUUCUUCCCCUCCCUCCCUGGAGUCUGGGGAAGAGGGGGCAGCAGCAGCAGUCACAUACCCCAGGGAAUGCCUAGGGACCUGGAACAAUAAAUAUUGUCCACCAACACCA